UCAGACCGGGUCCGAAUGCAAUUUAUACUUUCUUUCUGGGUUUUAAAAUUUGGAGUUUCAUAAGAUCCUCCGUGAACAGAUGAACUGGCAAAGUAGAGUAAAGAAAAGAAACAAAACAAACCAAAUAAGAGAAGAGAAGCUUCAUUUCAUUCUCUCUUCAGAAGCUGCUAUCUUUUGAUCUCUCAAGGGAAUCGUAUUUAAUAAAUAGAGGAUGCCCCAGAAAAUGGGUUUCUCUCCUUUCCUUUAUCUCUUCCUUGCUGGUUAUGUCUCUUAAAAAGUGCCCAAAGAAGAACAAAAAGCACUCUGCCCCAGCAGUACAGCCCAUCUGUAUCUGAGAAGAUAAGUUGCAGACAAAAGGGGAUAAAGCUUGCUUCAUUUUCUUAUCUGCUUCUUCCUUCGUGGAAUUGAAGUCUACAAUGACAGAUAUGGCCUCUUGUUUCGGCGAAUACGCCAUUAAAGUAGCUGAUUCAUCUUGUACGGCCUCGGCGAGUCAAGCUUGUCGUCCCCCAAGCUUGAUUCCUUCGACCCAAAAUGCAGUGACCUGUCACUACAAAACCAAGCUCUCCACAAAAAAGCAGCUUUUGAUUACAGUCACCUGGAGCAACAACCUCAUGGGUCAAGGCCUCAGCAUCAACGUCGGCGAUGACCUAUCAUCAUCUUCUCUCAGAGUCAACACAAAUGCUCGAUUUUUCAGGAAAAAGAAGGGAAAUCGUACAUUUGAAUCCUGCAAUUCCAAGAUUGAAGCUUUCUGGGAUCUCUCUAGUGCCAAAUACGCUUCAGGACCUGAACCCACUAGCGGAUAUUAUGUGGUGGUGGUGGUUGAUUCGGAGCUUGGCCUCCUUCUUGGAGAUAUGAGCGAAGAAGUAAUCACCAAGAAAUUGAAAAGCGGAAUCCCAGUCGCCCAAUUCUCUCUUGUUUGCAGAAGAGAACAUUUUUCUGGAAAUCCCCUUUAUUCCACUAAGGCUCAAUUCUGCAACACUGGAAUGUCUCACGAUAUCCAAAUCAGGUGUAGCUGUGAAGAUGAGGGCUUGAAGAAUCCAGUCCUGUCGGUUUGUAUCGAUAAGAAGAAAGUGAUUCGAGUGAAGAGGUUACAGUGGAAUUUCAGGGGAAAUCAGACAAUCUUUGUAGAUGGGUUGUUGGUGGAUUUGAUGUGGGAUGUUCAUGAUUGGUUCUUUAAUCCUGCAUCUGGUUAUGCUGUUUUUAUGUUUAGAACAAGGAGUAGAUUGGACAGUAGAUUGUGGUUGGAGGAGAAGUUGAUACAGAAGGAUAAGGAGAAACUGGAUUUCUCUUUGCUCAUCUAUGCCUGUAAGAAUCCAUAAACCAAACAAACCUACUUAAUGUUAAUGGUGCUAAUUUAUUUAUUUUUUUUUCUUUCUUUUUUUGUGAUUUAUUUUCAUUUAUUUGUUCUAAUUACAUGGGGGAAGGACAAAAAUUUGGUUGGGAAAGAAGCUGAAUUUUGAGUUGUUGAUUUUUGAAUUGUAGAUAUAACAAGAACUGAUGAUUUCUGGAGACUUUGUUCA